AUGGCGGUCCCGCUCGCACAGUCAGCGAUAUAUCCCAGUCUCAAAGACAAGACUGUUGUCGUUACCGGAGGCGCGGAAGGUAUUGCUGCCGCUACAGUCGAACUAUUCUGCAGACAGGGCAGUAAAGUCAUCUUCUUCGACAUCUCCGGAACAUCCGCCGACUCUCUGAUCAAACAAAUCAAGCAACAUCAAGCAGAAGUCAACGCCUUACCCUGGACUAUUCCAUCCUUCUACUACUGCGACGUCACCAAUCUCGAGCAGCUGCGAGAGACAGCAGAGAACGUCCUCAAGGAACAUGGUACAGUAGACGUCCUGGUCAACUCCGCCGCUGCCGCAGGAGCGAAAUCUCGAGUCCCCUCUGUCAAAGUCACACCGGAAUCCUGGGAGUUCGACAUCAACGUCAACCUCCGCCACGUCUUUUUCUUGACCCAACGCAUCGUCCCCGCGAUGCAGAAGCAAGGCCGCGGAAGCAUCAUCAACAUGGGCUCGAUCAGCUGGCGGAUCCCGGCCGUCGGGACACCUGUGUACAUGGCCGCCAAGGCAGCGAUCAUGGGCCUGACGAAGACGCAUAGCAAGGAGUUUGGAAAUGAAGGAGUGAGGGUGAACUCGGUCAUGCCUGGGGCGAUCGCGACUGAGCGACAGAUCAAGGAAGUGCUGACGAAGGAGUAUCGGGAGGAGGUGAUGCGGAACCAGACGGUGAAGAGGGAUUUGGUGCCGCAGGAAGUGGCGAGUGUGAUUUUGUUUCUGGCUAGUGAUGAUAGUAGUGGUGUUACUGGGUCGAGUUAUGUGGUUGAUGGGGGGUGGGUGAGCGAUGUGUAG